GAUUGCACAUACGGUCGUUCUCCUUUCUCCUGAAGCUUGCACCCAAAGAGCAUCUUGUAUACCGUUGCUUGCCUAUAAAAUAUCUUGAUUCCCCCAUUUCUUCUGCCCUAUAACACUCUUUCGGAAUUCAUAUCUCCAAUCCACAGCCACCAUGCGUUUCCAGAUUGCUUCCUCGCUGGCCCUGUUGGCCUCCGUUACGGCCGUUGUCGCGGAUGACAUUAUCAACGUCUAUUUGCCCGACACUGAUGAUGUUGGUCUCGCCGGAAAAGUGAUUGGAACUGUAUGUCAUGAAAUCCCUUCAGAUGCAUUCGCUGUGCCUCGGUUACCCAGAACGUAUCUGACUGUAGAUAGACUGGUGGUAGUCUCACUACUCUUGUUCUGGGCUGUGCUUCUACGACUUCCUCUGCUAGCGCUGCUACUGCCACCUCCGAUGAUGUCGACGACAGUAGCUGCGACAUUGAGGACGACACCUACACCCUCACGGUGGGCAGCUCCACCUACGGCAUGGGCUUGUCUUACCGCGGAACUACCUACUCCCAAGGCUGUACUCGCACUGGUACCACCUACUUGAGCUGCACCACCAGCGCCAGCGACUCCGAGGGCCCCAGCUCCUCCUCCGCCAUCUACACCACUCCCCUGACCGCCAUCCCUAUCACCAUCACCGGUUCUACCUCUGCCUCCGCUACUGGUUCCUCGUCCGGCGCCGCCGCCACUGCCACCGCCUCCGGCACUGGCUCUGCUUCAGGCAAGUCCACUGACUCUUCGUCCGCCAAGUCGACU